GUUUUUCAGGGACAGACAUACCACAUUUAUUGAUGUCCAGUGGUUCAGACAUGAUGGUGUAUUUCUGAUGGUUCUUCCGUUGGAUAUGGAUUCUAUGCCUCAUACACCCUAGGGUCGGCACUGGACUUGCUUGUGACAGGGGAAGCAUAUCAUCUGUAGGAGGUGUGCUUCAAUCACAUGCAUCAUACCCAAGUGGCUACACAUCACCUAUAUCGUGUACUUUCACCAUAGUGACAUUCGAUCCGUAUACAGAAAUCCACAUAGAGUUUCUAGAUGUGGAUCUCUACGGUCCCUUUGAAGACAGUAUUGGAAUUUUUGAUCAAUAUGGAACACCUGUUGACACACUCUAUGGAAGUGACGGCGUGGGUAUUCAAUACCAGUCUACCUCUACUAUGUGUAUCACAUUGACUGGUGUGAACACACAUUAUGGCGACUAUCAAGGAUUCAGAGCUGUGUAUACAUUAUAUUAUGAGACAUAUUACAGAGACAUAUUACAGAGACAUAUUACAGAGACAUAUCACAGAGACAUAUCAAGAUUUCCACUGUGAUAACCACAGGUGUAUUCAUGGGAGUUUAAGCUGUGAUGAACUGAAUAAUUGUGGAGAUUACUCUGAUGAACAUGGGUGCAACUUGUUAGAUAUUAUACCUCUUGAAGUAUUUCUUGGUGGCGCAUUUGUGGUUCUUGUCUUCAUUAUAAUAAUUAUCAUAGUGUGUUACUGUUGCUGUAAAAAGAAGCGACCCGUGGCACCCAGCACAAUCGGUAGAACUACAAAAAUGACCACCAACAAUGAACCUACAGUUUCAUACAGGGCACAGCCUCAGCCACAAGCUGGAUACCACCCACCGCCGAUUUAUGGGGGAGGUCACCCAGGUGGUGGAUACAAUUAUACUGGUUACAGCAACACAUACCCGCAACAACCCAUGUUUCCUCCUGUUGAGGGAGGUAUGGCAUACCCUUCUCUGCCCAUGCAUGCAUCCAAUCCACCAAACACCAAUCUAUCAGCAUGUCCACCCCCAUCAAUGGUGCCAUCAGCAACAAAGGUUGUAGGAGUUCCACCACCAGCAGUAUAUGCACCGCUGGCACCUGCCCCUCCACAGCCAUACUCAUAA